CUUACUGUUUUACCAUCCGAAGCCUGCAAGUGUAAACACAGCCACCAUAGCUCCAACUUUUCUUCUUCUGUCCUGCUAAUCUGCUCUCUUGAAGUUCGAAAAAACUUUUUCUUUUCUCUCAAUACGCCGUUCUCUCAACCUCGACAAAGACAAUGGAAUGAAAAGAAAAAGAAGGGGUUUUUUUGGCUCCAGUUACCCCAGCAAAAUUGGGAUGCAGAGGCUUUUUAGAAAGCUGGGGUGGUGGUUCAAGUAAAUUUGAACUCUGCGGACAAUGUCAAAUUGAGUAGUACCAAUUCUGAUGGUAAUUUGCUCAGGGAAGGGGAUUUCUAUAGUAGGUUGGGGACGAAAAAUGGUUUUGCCGACAAAGAGUCUGAGAAAAGUUCCAGAAUUGAUGAUUCAACUGGAAGAUUGGGUGAAUUUGGGGAGAUUACAAAUUGCACAUGCAAAUCAUGAAGUUGUUAGGCCACCGCAGACUUCAGCAAAUAGUCAGCCGAAGAGACAGUAGUAUCAACUCACACAAAUUCUCCAGGAGUUACUGGUGCAUAUGAUGUAGGUGUAAAGAAAUGAGUCAAUUUUAUGCAAAAGUUAGAGUAUUCAUAUAUGACGGAUGAAAGCAUGCAACUUGUGGUGUGAGACCCAAAUGCAGAUGGUGCAUUAGUUCCUUAUGCGCAUCAAAAUUGGCAACUGGUGGUGCGAGAACAAAAUAUGAAUGGUGCAAUAGUUCCUCACAAAGGUAGGAAAGGAAACAAACCUAAAAAGCCAAACACCAAAGGUUGAUCUUGAUCAGGAGACGAUGCGUAUUUGGAAUAUGCUAACGGAGAAUGGCGAUGGUGAUAUAGCACAAAAUGGUGAUGAAAAGGUUAUCAGACGAUGCUAACCAAGACCAGUGUGAUCAGAGUCAGUGGAACGAUUCUAGUCUUUGCCGACGACGAAUCUAGUAAUUACCCAAUAAGUGUUCCUGGGGAUUGGUUGUGGCAUCUAGAAAAAAGAUUUGUGUAUUGCCGAAAAUCCUCCAUAUUUAAAGGAAUGCAACAAUGGGAGAUUGAAUCUUGCUUUUCGAGAGGUUUUGUGUGUGCCAGGGCUUUUGACAUAAAGACAAGGGAAUCAAAGCCUCUCGCAGCAUGGUUACACCCUCCUGGUGGGAAAGAAGAAGAUGCAAAGGAAAAGGAUGAUCAGUAAUUGAGAAAGGCAAAACAGUUAAGAGAGAGGAAGGAAAAGAAUAAGAUGCUCUUCAGGUACUGCACCCAAUGCAAUACAAUAAAUCAAAGAUUUGAUGCACAAUUGAAUAUAGCCCUGAGCCCUUUUUGUUGAUAAUUUAUUCAGUUAGCCUUUUGAAGGGAUUUGAAUCUUACAUUUGUAUUCAUUUCUUACUUGUUGGAGCCACUUACAGUUAGGAAGUUAACGUGGCUGCUCUCU